UGUUAGCGUUGGUUCAGUCCCUCGGGGCCAGGAAAGGAAUUGACUAAAAAACCAACAGGUGUCAGUGAGGGAGCUGGUUUGAAUUCGCUCGGAUUCUGCAGCAAACAGGAUGAGGAAGAUGACUUGAGGUUGGCCUGAAGGAAGGCCGCCUUCCUGCGCGGUGAGAGCUUCCAGCCAUUAACUUUGAUAGUACCCAAAACAACAUGACAAAGUCUGAGACUGCCAUCAAGGCAGGGGGACACAGGGCUCGUGGUCAGUGGCAUGAAUCCACAGAAGCAGUUGAACUUGAAAAUUUUAGUAUAAACUACAAGAAUGAGAGGAAUUUCAGUAAACAUCCACAGCAUCAGUUAUUUCAGGAGAUCUUUACGGCUCUGGUGAGAAACAGACUCAUAUGCAGAGAGUGGGUUAAUCGAGCUCCAUCCAUUCAUUUUCUGAGAGUGUUAAUUUGUCUGAGGCUGCUAAUGAGGGAUCCAUGUUAUCAGGAAAUACUCCAUAAAUUGGGUGGGAUUGAAGACCUAGCCCAGUACAUGGAGAUUGUGACCAACGAAUACCUGGGCUACGCAGAGGAGCAACACUGUGUGGACAAGCUGGUCAACAUGACGUAUAUUUUUCAAAAACUCGCUGCUGUGAAAGACCAAAGAGGAUGGGUCACUGCGAGUGGAGCCCACAAGACAUUAGUGAAUUUACUUGGUGCCCGAGACACUAACGUCCUGUUGGGUACUCUUCUGGCCCUAGCUAGCUUAGCAGAGAGUCCAGAGUGUAGGGAGAAGAUCAGUGAACUCAACAUAGUAGAAAACCUCUUGAUGAUUCUGCAUGAAUAUGACUUACUUUCCAAAAGACUUACAGCGGAGCUCCUGCGCCUGCUUUGUGCUGAGCCCCAGGUGAAGGAACAGGUGAAACUCUAUGAGGGCAUCCCCAUCCUCCUCAGUCUGCUCCACUCUGACCAUCUGAAGUUGCUGUGGAGCGUUGUCUGGAUUCUGGUCCAGGUGUGUGAGGACCCAGAGACCAGUGUGGAAAUCCGUAUCUGGGGUGGCAUCAAGCAGCUCCUUCAUAUUUUACAAGGAGAUAGGAAUUUUGUUUCUGAUCGCUCCUCCAUCGGCAGCCUGUCCAGCGCGAAUGCUGCAGGACGGAUCCAACAGCUGCAUUUAUCAGAAGAGUUAAGCCCUGGGGAAAUACAGGAAAAUACUGCCUCUCUCCAAGCAGCUUGUUGUGCUGCCCUCACUGAACUGGCUCUCAAUGAUACCAAUGCCCACCAAGUGGUCCAGGAAAAUGGUGUAUAUACAAUAGCAAGAUUAAUUUUACCAAAUAAACAAAAGAAUGCAGCAAAAACCAAUCUGCUACAGUGUUAUGCAUUCAGAGCCCUGAGGUUUCUCUUCAGCAUGGAAAGGAACAGGCCACUCUUUAAAAGGCUUUUCCCCAUGGACCUGUUUGAGAUUUUCAUUGACAUAGGGCAUUAUGUGCGUGAUAUUGGUGCCUAUGAGGACUUGGUAUCACAGUUGAAUUUGCUAUUGGAAGAUGAACUGAAGCAAAUUGCUGAGAAUAUUGAAAGCAUCAAUCAGAAGAAAGCACCGCUGAAGUACAUAGGCGACUAUGCUGUGUUGGACCAUCUUGGAAGUGGCGCUUUUGGUUGUGUUUAUAAGGUUAGAAAACGUAGUGGUCAAAAUCUUUUAGCAAUGAAGGAGGUCAAUUUACAUAACCCAGCAUUUGGAAAGGAUAAGAAAGACCGAGACAGCAGUGUGAGGAACAUCGUUUCUGAAUUAACAAUAAUUAAGGAGCAGCUUUAUCAUCCCAACAUUGUACGCUAUUAUAAAACAUUUUUGGAAAAUGACAGAUUGUACAUCGUUAUGGAGCUCAUAGAAGGAGCCCCACUUGGAGAGCACUUUAACUCUUUGAAGGAAAAACAGCAGCGUUUCACUGAGGAAAGACUGUGGAGAAUAUUUAUACAGUUGUGCUUAGCUCUUCGGUACCUACACAAGGAGAAGAGGAUUGUCCACAGAGAUCUGACGCCAAACAACAUUAUGCUGGGAGAUAAGGACAAAGUGACAGUUACUGACUUCGGCCUGGCAAAGCAAAAACAGGAAAGCAGUAAGCUCACGUCGAUGGUGGGAACCAUCCUCUAUUCUUGUCCAGAGGUCCUGAAGAGUGAGCCGUAUGGAGAGAAGGCUGAUGUCUGGGCUGCAGGCUGCAUCCUUUAUCAGAUGGCGACUCUGAGUCCUCCCUUCUGUAGCACCAACAUGCUCUCCUUGGCUACUAAAAUAGUGGAGGCAGUGUACGAGCCGGUGCCAGAAGGCAUCUACUCUGAAAAAGUGACAGAUACCAUUAGCAGGUGCCUCACUCCUGAUGCAGAAGCCCGUCCAGAUAUUGUAGAAGUUAGUUCCAUGAUCUCAGAUGUGAUGAUGAAGUAUCUAGACACCUUAUCCACAUCCCAGCUGGCCUUGGAGAAGAAGCUGGAGAGGGAGAGGAGGCGCACACAGAGAUACUUUAUGGAAGCCAACAGGAAAGCUGUCACAUGUCACCAUGAGCUGGCUCUGCUGUCUCAGGAAACCUUUGAGAAGGCAAGCCUGAGCAGCAGCAGCAGUGGGACAGCCAGCCUGAAAAGUGAGCUUUCAGAGAGCUCGGAGCUGCCUGGGGAGGGCUUCCACGGCGCCCUGCAGUGUGGGAAGGAGGAGGACAGGACCUGUGAGGAGGUGCUGUCCGAGGACAACUUCCACCUGGAGAGUGUGGAGAAAGAUGUGUAUUCUGAGCUGGACGAUGAGCUGGACACCUUGGACAACUGUAGCAGCUCCAGUUCAAGCCCUCUAAAGGAGUCUACAUUUAGCAUUUUAAAGAGAAGUUUCAGUGCUUCGGGAAGAGAAAGGCACUCACAGGCCAGGGACUUCAUUGGUGGCCUGGGAUCAAGACCAAGACCAGCAUCUGCAGGCAUUGCUGUAUCCCAGCGGAAAGUACGACAGAUCAGUGACCCCAUCCAGCAGAUCCUCAUCCAACUGCACAAAGUCAUCUAUAUCACACAGCUCCCUCCAGCUCUGCAUCAUGAUCUGAAGAGAAGAGUUAUAGAAAGAUUCAAGAAAUCCCUGUUCAGCCAGCAGAGCAACCCUUGUAACCUGAAAUCUGAAAUUAAGAAGUUAUCUCAGGGUUCCCCAGAACCGAUUGAGCCAAACUUUUUUACAUCAGAUUACCACUCACUACAUCAUUCACCGGCUGCAAACAACUGGUCCCAAAGUGACCCCACAGGUCCACCCACCAACCUUGAGUUGGAAGAGGGACUCACAUACGAGCAGAUGCAGACUCUGAUUGAAGAGGUCCUAGAAGAAAGUGGCUAUUACAAUCUUACAACCAACAGAUCUUCUAGAUGUCACUCUUAUCCAUGGGGGACCAAGAAUUACCCAACCAAAAGAUAAGAGUGCUGCAUUGGAGCAGAUGGUGUUUCCCAGUCAAGUUCAAGUUCUAGGCUUCAACCAAGACUCCAAGAUGCCCAGGACUGGCUGCUGCUAGAAUGGCAUAGGAAACACCAAGUCCGAGAGCUGUAGGAGUGCACUUUUACUCCUGCAGGAGUGUGUGGCAACUGCAUGCAGUGCUGGGGCUCUGUCCCCUGUGUGCAUUACAUACACAAUGGUGGGUUAGUGUGUGCUUCUGGGAGAAAACACUGCAAAAUGGCUCCCAGGGUAGGCAUGGGAGUAGCACAGAAUUUUCCUCAAGGUUAAUCAUAAAAACAACUUCUAUUUUUCAAAGGAACUUUUUAUACUCAUGAUUGCUGAAAUUAUGCUUAAAAGUAUCUAGCCUUCCUUCUACACAAAAGAGUUUUAGAUAAAACAAUUACAUGACCCAAUGAAAAAUAUUAUGUAUUCCAUUGUGCUCCCCAUUUUUAAUCUUAAAAGAAAUUUAGAAUUAGAUAGUUUGUAAAUGAAAUGAUUGAUUCUCUUUGAUCCACUUGGGUGCUAGAGGUUCUGAGACGUGACACAGUGCAGACAGUAUUUAUAACCUUGCACACAUCUGGGAGCAGCUGUCAGAUAAACUGAUUGCAGCUAGAGUCUACUGGUGUGAACGUGUGUGUGUGUGUGUGUGUG